AGGAGAGCGAGGAAUUGACGAAUGAACUUGGCGCUUUCUCCUCGCAAAUCCCGGAGUUUAGCGAGCUGACACACCCAGCCUGCCUGUCGGAAUUGUCCCCUGGCCCACCUUUUCACGGAGCGCUGUCUCCACACCUCCAGACUCUGGCCCAGAGAGCUUACUGGCCAUUUUACAAUUCGCACGCUGAGACUCACCCUGACAUUUCUCGUUCUUUGCACCAUGGUCUUCUCCUCUACUACCUGUAUUCUGGGUGUGGCGGCGCUCGCGUCGGCCUACCUUGCGGCUCCCGCCGCCGCUGCGGAUGAACCGCUCCCCUGGGACGGCCGCGUAUUCGACCUGACCGUCGACACGUUGCCGGACAAGUACCUGACGCACAUCCUGACCAUGCGCAACAAUGGCACGGACGGAAAGGUAUCGGACUACGUGUCGAUCGAGAAGGACGGUCGUUCACCCGGCUACAACGGUGACACGGGCGUCAUUAACAUCGGCGUGGACGCGAAAGCCAUUUUCAAGACGCAAAACAACUUCCGUCGCUCCGAUCCCGCUAAGAUUAUCUACCUGAACAACGGCACUUGGGACGCCAAGUGGGAGACUGAGUUCGUGCCGGGUACGUGGUACAACUUCGGCAUCGGUAUUUCGGCUGCCACGUCGGGCAACGGCUCUGUCCUCGAGUUCUACACCAGUGAAGGCGACAAGGAGCUCGCCCUUGAGGCCACCCACGACGUCGUGACCGAGUUCCCCUCGACCUACGAGUUCCAUUAUGGUCUUUUGACCCUGUCCGACGAUGGCAGUGAACCCAAGAUGAAUGCCAAACAGGACAUCGUGUCCUACAACGGUGUGUCGGUGGAGGCUGACGUUUCGACUUCUGCCACGGGCGAUGCUGCGUCCAAGGCUUCCAAGACUACUGGAUCCAUUGGUGCUGAGUCCUCGUCCGAUGUUUCCACGGAGACUACUGAGGCCCCGACCACGCAGAACGAGACCCCUGCCACCCAGAACGAGAUUCCCGCCACCAAGACGGGCAUCGUCAAGAGCUCAGAUAGUGGCUGCGCCCGCAAAUAAGUGCGCCUAAUGUUUAUGUCUGUUGUGAUUUCGCUGAAGUGAUACAGACAGUGACGGAGACGAGAAACGUAAAGCAUCGGUCAGGAGAUGGCCUUGUAAAAAGGGUUUAUAUCCCUCUGUUAGCUGUAUCAUAAUGGGAUAAAUGUUCAAUCCAAGUUUUGCAGUAUUUUUGGAUACAAUCUAAAAAAA